UCUGCAGACGCUUGCAAGAACAGUUUCGGACAUAAUAUGUGGGCUCCAAAAUGUCAUUAUAUCAAAGACAGAUACGGAGAUAUCGCCGGGUGCACAGAUAUGUCACAUCUUAGAGACUGUGAGAACUUUCAGUGUGGUCAGGGCUAUGUGAAGUGUUAUAACUCGUACUGCAUCCCUCUAUAUUAUCUUCGUGAUGGAAGAGCUGAUUGUCCUAUGGGAGAAGACGAGCAACCGUUUUACACCGGUCCAUGUAUUGGACAUUUUGCUUGCUGGGACAGCAACAUUUGUCUUCAUCCUGACCUAGUUUGUGAUGGGCAUACCGAUUGCCCGUAUGAUGAUGAUGAACUUGACUGCCACGACGAUUGUCUUAAAGGUUUCAGAUGUAUAGCUGGGACAGUGUCGGUUUCUGAUUACAACAGAUCAGCUCUUUUUCUCUUGAGCGAUUUUUAUG